AUGCACGUGUCGGGUAUCCUUUCAGUCUUCAGCCUGGCCAGCCUGGCCCUGGCUAGCCCGGUGGAGAUCGCCGAGCGUCAAGCCCAGAAGCUGAAGAUCAUGCCCCUCGGCGACAGCAUCACCGAGAUAACCUGCUGGCGGGCCUUCGUGUGGGACCAGCUCGCAGAGGCCGGCCUCGCGGACCAGGUGCAGUACGUCGGGUCGCAGAACAGCAACCCGCAGAACUGCCGGCCCACGACAUCCAACUGGGACCAGCACCACGAGGGCCACUCGGGCUGGCUGGCCGUCGACAUCGCCAACAACUACCUGACCAACUGGCUCCAGACCACGCCCGCCGACAUCGUCAUGUUCAUGCUCGGCACCAACGACGUGGUGCGCGGCAAGACCACCCAGGAUGUCAUUGACGCGUAUACCAAGAUGGUCGGCAUCAUGCGGGCAUCCAACCCCAAGACCAAGAUCAUCGUCGACCUCGUAAUCCCCCUCUCCUUCUCCAACGCCGCCAUCCAGGCCAUCAACGCGCGCAUCCCGGAGUGGGCGGCCGGCCUCAGCACCGAGGAGUCGCCCAUCGUCGUCGCCGACUGCUACACGGGCUUCACGACCUCCAUGUUGCGCGACGGCGUGCACCCCAACCUGGAGGGCGACCGCGUGAUUGCCGACCGGGUCGGGCCGUUGCUGCUGGAUUAUGUUAAGGAGGCGUUGGGAGUGUAG